AUGAGUAUUUCUCAUUCUGGGUUAUUUACGAAUAAAACGACAUUUAGUAAAUUUUGUAGUCUUGGUAAUUUUGGUUUAGAGCAAUCCGAGUGUGAAAUAUGUUUUCAACAGGGGUUUGUAGAUUGCAAAAAUGCUCCAUCUAUUCUUGAAUCUUUUACGGGAAUAGAUAGUUUUGAAUAUCGCUUGCAAGAUAUUUUGGGUUCUAAAAGAUUGGAACAUAAGAGUAUGAUGCAAAAAGAUGAAUUAGAGCCCCUGGAAGUGAAUGAAUGGUUAUACGUUUCACCAUUAUUUAAUCAUUUAUUAAACGUUUCUCUAUCCUUCAGGUUAGUGUCUGAUGAAAAUACUUCAAAACAAACAUUGUUAGAGCCUAUAGAUCAUUUUAAUCAUCUUGACGUUUGCGAUUCUUCUAAGCUACAUAAUGAAGAUUUAUUCGAUAUGGACCACUCAUUUAUGGAAGAUAAUACUUGUGUAUAA